GAGCCGGGGGAACACCGGGAACGGCGGGGGGAGUGGGAGCUGCGGGAACCGGAAACGGGAACCGAGAAGCCACGGAGGCUGUUGUUGAACAGCAAGGCUCGGGGCCUGCUCUGUGACCCAGAGUUAGAGGGGAGCCUGCAGGGAUCAGCCUGUUCCUUCUGAGCUGAGACAGCACAGCAAUACCAGCACAACCCCCCGCCCAAAGGGAAAAGUUGCUGCAACAAGUCAAGGUUAAAUUCAAUCUUUGGGAGAGGGAAUAAGGAUAAAAUUCCAAAUGGCCACGCUCGGUGCCAUUACAUUCCUGGGCUAAUUUACACUGAAACCAAGGCCUCUUAGCAGAGUGCUCCAAGCAGAACUGCUCUGAAGUCUUCAGGAGUCUCAAGAGAACUGCACUGAGAGCCAUUUCCCCACAUCCAUAUCAGGUGGCUUAAAGAUGGAUGCUCCUAAAGAAGCUCAGCCUACAGGAGAGUUCGAGUGUCAGCUCUGUGGGUUAACAGCUCCCUACACGUACUACGGGCCGAGGCCGCCAAACUCACGCUCUGUCGUGCUUUUGGAAGAAGCCUAUGUCAUGAAGGAUCCUUUCACCCCUGACAAGGACAAAUUCCUCAUCCUUGGCUCUCAUUGCAGUUUGUGUAGCAGAUCAGUGUGUGUUGGUACAGAAUGUAGUCUGUUCUACUCCAAAAGGUUCUGUCUCCCCUGUGUGAAGGAAAACAUAAAGGCCUUUCCUUUGGAAAUACAAGAAGACAUGGAUAAAAGGAAGCCCCAGCAGAAAUCCUCCAAAAAAACACAUACCAAACAUAAAUCCUGAAGGACCAAGAGUGACAGUUCUUUGGCUGGGGUUUCUCCUCUCUGUUCAGAGACUAUCAUAUUGCUCCUUUUAAAGAAGUGACCUUCAUCAGCUCACUACUACUGAACAGAGUGCCACAUUUCCUUCCCCUGGGUUCCAGCAUCACCGCGCAGCAGCCGCAGGGCCAGCGAACGGCUCCGGGGGGGAGGAGCCGGGAGGGAAGGCAGACGAGCCUGCUGUCACCAUGGAAAGUGCUUGGAGUGAAAAACCAAACAGCAGAGGAACCAGGUCCAGUUCUACACAUUUGCUACUUUGAUGCUUUGUGUUGUUCUUGACACUCCUACAGUGCUAUGAAAAUCUGAGACAUUUAACUGGCUUAAUUCAGGAUACAUCCAAGAAAGUCACUACACAGCAGUUGUUAUCUGGCAGUGCUGUGCUGGUUAAGGUUACAGUAGGCAGGGAAUUUAGAGCUUUAAGUCUAAAAUAAAACUCUUAUGAGAAAAUGUCACUGAUACCCAUAGAAAUACCUGAAUUUUUCAAUAUGAUAAUCUUGAUACUAUCGUAGCAUUGAGACUCCUGAAGGUCGGUGCUCCUGUAAUAAAAUACCAAUAAAAAUACUUACAAGUCCCUUGCACUUGCAGUCACUCAACCUUCAGGUCUGUGUCAGGACAGCAACUGGGGAGGACCCUGAACACAUCAAGUUUAUGCUUUACAAUAAAGGUGGCUUCCUUUUCACUUUCA